CCAGUUACAGGUAGUGUUUUGUUUUGUUCUUCAUGCUGUGGAAGUAAUGAAUUCCUAACUAAGGGCUCAAGUUUGAAAUAGGUUUUGGAUUUUUAUGGAAUGUUUUUCUCAGCAUCAAUUUUGGUGACCGUAGGACUUUUCUAACCUGCUAAUAUAUUGUAGCAGACGCAGUUGGUCACUUGCUGUUGCGGAGAAGAGUUAACACAGCUCUUUUUAGAAAGGCCUUCUUGCAAGGUUGCUUACAGGUCCCUUGCCUGGCAUCUGGGACCUUAGCUUUGGGGAGGGUUCCCAUCACUCCCUAUUGAAUGGCUCACUGUGCUUAAACCGUUCUUUCAAGCAGUACGGUUUAUUCUCAACACCUGCUCUCCUCUGGGAAUCUGGGAUUUUGGCAUGUGCUAGGCAGUGGGUGCCUACAUGAACAGCCCCAGUAAGAGCCGUGGGCACCAUGUCUCUAGUAAGCUAACACAUUGUGUGUUAUCACAGCCUGUUGCUGGGGGAGGUAAAGGCUUCCUGUGUGACUUCACAGAGACAGGACUCUUGAGAGCUUGCACCUGAUUUCCUCCAGAUUUUGCCAUUUGGACUUUUUCUCUUUGCUGAUUUUGCUUUGUAUGCUUUCGUGGUAAUAAUUUGCUGAGGUCUGUCAGUCCUAGUUAAUCACUGGCCCUGGGGGGUGGUCUUGGGUAUUUCCAGCACAUCUGCCCAACAUCCAUUCACUUCCUUCCGUUUUUCUAACAGAUUCUCCAGGUGUUCCUUGGCUUGUGGCAGCUUGUCUCUACUCUGCCUCCAUCUUCACAUCGUCUCAUCUUCCCUGGAUGUAGGGUCCAUCUGGAUACUCCUGGAUUCUCUUAAGAUCCUUAAUUACAUCGGCAAAGACCCUUUUUCCACAUGAAGUCUCAUUCACAGGAAUCGCUGACACUGGAGGAUGUGGCCGUGGACUUCACGUGGGAGGAGUGGCAGCUCCUGGCCCCCGCCCAGAAGGACCUGUACUGGAAUGUGAUGCUGGAGAACUACAAGAACCUGGUGUCACUGGGGUAUCAAGCUCGCCAACCAGAUUCACUCUCUGAAUUGGAACAAGAAGAACCACCAUGGAUUUUCAAAGAUGAAGUCCAAAGUCAAACCCAUCCAGAAAUUGAGAGAGUUGACGAUCAUCUGCCUCAGCACUUAGAAAAUCUCAAAAUGCCGAAGAGGAUGGAACAGUGUUAUGAACUGAACACGUGUGGAAAGACUGUUCAUCAGAGCAAAAGUCAUUUUCCUUUCAGGCCAAAUCAUGAUAGGUUUCAUUUACGUGGAAAAACUUUGAAGCCACACUUAAUCAACCGAAGUAGAAGCUGUGACAAAGAGCCUGCUGAGUCUGGUGGAGACGGGAGAUCCUUUCUCAGUGCUAAUCACAAGCAAACUCACACCGAAAUUCAAUUCCAUGAAAGUAGAAGGCCCACCAGCACUAAGUCACAAUUCCUUAAACAUCAGCAAAUACACAAAAUAGAGACGGCCCACGAAUGUCCUGAAUGUGGGAAAGCCUUCCUCAAGAAGUCUCGGCUCACAGAACAUAAGAGAAUUCAUACAGGAAGAAAGCCCCAUGGGUGUAGUGUAUGUGGGAGAACCUUCUCCAAGAAGUUCAAGCUCACUGAACAUCAGCGAAUUCACAAAGGAGAGAAACCCUAUGAGUGCUGUGAGUGUGGGAAAGCCUUCCUCAGGAAAUUUCAGCUUACUGAACAUCAGAAGACUCAUACAGGAAAUAAACCCCAUGGCUGCGGUAUAUGUGGGAAAGCAUUCUCCAGAAAGUUCAAGCUGACUGAACACCAGAGAACUCACACAGGAGAGAAACCUUAUGGAUGUACUGAAUGUGGCAAAGCCUUCUGCAGGAAGGCAGAACUCAUUAUACAUCAGAGAAAUGAAAGAGGAGAAAGGCCCCAUCAGUGCAGUGAAUGUGGAAAAGGUUUCGCCAGAAAAUCACAACUCAUUCUACAUCAGAAAACUCAUACAGGAGAGAAAUCUUAUAUAUGCAGUGAAUGUGGAAAAGGUUUCAUUCAGAAGGGCAAUCUCCUUAUACAUCAACGAACUCAUACUGGAGAGAAACCCUAUGGAUGCACUGAAUGUGGUAAGGCCUUCAGCCAGAAGGCGUGCCUGAUAGCACAUCAGCGAUUUCAUACAGGAAAGACUCCCUUCGUAUGUACUGAAUGUGGAAAAUCUUGUUCACAGAAAUCAGGACUCAUUAAACAUCAGAGAAUUCACACAGGAGAGAAACCCUAUAAAUGCAGUGACUGUGGGAAAGCCUUCACUACAAAGACAAUGCUCACUGUCCAUCAAAGAACUCAUACAGGAGAGAGACCCUAUGGAUGCAAUGAAUGUGGGAAAGCUUUCUCCCACAUGUCAUGCCUUGUUAAACAUAAGAGGAUACACACAAGAGAGAAACAUGUAGAUUCAGUGAAGGUUGAAUAUUCUUCCACAGAGGGUCACAGCUUAUUAGAUACUAGUGAAUUCAUGCAGGGGAAAAGCCCUGUUAAUACAGUGACUGCACAGAUGCCUUCCGCGAUCCCUCAGACCUCAUUAAACAUCAGUGGGCUCCUCGCAGAUAGGAAUGCGGUCCUAGUGGGACAGCCAGCUGCCAGAUGUGCACCCUCAGGAAAUAACGGAGAAUUUGUACAGGAGAGAAACCUUAUGAAUGCAGCGAAUGUGGUUGUGCCUUCAGUGGUCAAUUACAUCUUAUUUUAUGUCACGAAAAACACAUAGAAAAAAACUGGUACAUUCAAUUAGGAAAAGCCUUGAGCAAUAAUGUCUUGCUGAUAAUAUGGUUAUACACGAACAAAACCCAUGAGUGCAGAGGCUAGUUUUAGAAGACCGACUCUGUCUGUCAUCAGUGAUCAACAUAGCUCAUCAGGGAGCUUAUAGUGAGUAGAGACAUGGCAAUAGUGGGAAAGUCCCUACCCUUAAUAUGUCAGUUCAUACUGAGGAGAAACAGGAGGCAAUGAACGUGGGGCACCUAGGUGGCUCAGGUCAUGAUCUCACGGUUCGUGAGCUCAAGCCCCGUGUCGGGCUCUGCGCUGACAGCUCAGAGCCUGGAGCCUGCUUCAGGUUCUGUGUCUCCCUCUCUCUCUGCCCCUCCCCCGCUCAGCUCUGUCUCUCUCUCGAAAAUAAACAUUAAAAAAAAAAAACAGUGAACAUGGCUCGGAUUUCAGUGGUACAUUCUGCCUCAUGCAUUAGCAGGUAAAAUCACAGAGAAAUAAACCUGUUAAUCCACUAAUUGUGGAAUUCCUUUAACGAAAUACUAAAGUUCUUGUGAAACAAAGGUUUGUGAAGAUGAGGAACAUUUAAGAGCUUUAUGUACCUUUUCUAAUUUGACCUAUAUGUCAUGUAAUACACCUGAUGAACAUUUUCAGACAGGGUACCUUGAACCACAUUCCUAAUUACCAUGUUAGUGAUUCCAUAAUUUAGAGGAGAUAGUUUCUGCCCUACAUCACUGGCUAACAUUAUCACACUAUAUUCACUUUUCCCAUUUGUGGAUUCUUUUUUUUUUUUUAAUUUUGUUUUAGAGAGAGAGAGUGUAUGCAUGUGAGCUGGGGAUAGGGGCAGAGGGAGAGAGAGACUCAAGCAUGACCCUGGGAUCAUGACCUCCACUGAAAUCAAGAGUUGGAAGCUCAACCAACUGAGCCAUUCAGAAUUAAAACAGGGCCAGGAAGAAAUUAAGUAAAUAAUAAAACAGGGCCAGAAAGGACCAAACUUUCCAAGUAACCUCAGGUGCACCUCUUUCGGUUUUUCUAAAAUUUUCUUUAAUUCUAAAAUUCUUCAGUAUCAUAUAAUGUUUACCCUGUUGCAUUUCUUUGGCUUUAGAUUUUAUUUCAGGCAACUGAAGUCCUUCAAAAAGAAGUGAAUAUUUUAAACUCAUGAAUAUAAUUUAAUUUCCUUUGAUGAGUUUAAGUUCAAUUUAAAAAUAAGAGCAAGCAUUACACAAUGUCACCAUAAAAGCGAUUUUUAAAAUUUUCUAGACCUGAAAAGAUAGAGAAACCAGGUUUGCAAAAUGAACUAAAAGCCCAAGUACAAUUAGUAAUUUAAACCUACACAUUAAAUAACAAAAUACAUUCCAACAAAGCUCUCAGUAGUCAUUUUCGAAAACAUGAGAAAGUAAGGUAGGCAAUUUGAACACAAGAGGAUUACUUCCAUCCUAGCUCUCCCCGUCCCUUACCUGAUUAUUGAAUUCUCAGAAUGCUGGGAAUCUGAAGUUCUAAAUGCCUGGAUAACUAUCCAGUUGCCUCCCCUUGGAGGCAGUACCCUGUCUAACCCUAACUUUUGCUUCAUUGAUGGAACCACCCCAACAUUCUUCCUAGCAUCUAUUCCCAUUUUCUCUCAACUCAGAGGGACUCUGAGUCCUACAAACACGAGGAAGACAAAAGUAGAUCUUCAUAGAAUCAGCCUUGGACUGGUAUCUCAUGCUCCACAAAGCCAGAGAGACUUGGGUUUGGACCUAGAGUAGGCAUAGGGUUUCUGGAAGAGUAGGGUGAAUCUAGUGCUGGAAUUACUGAAGGCCUGUAACCAGCCUGGAAAGUAUUUUUGGAAUCUGAUAUGUAUAAUUAGUUAAAUGUAGUCAGGGGUAAUCACAGGGGCUGGCAUAAACAAUACAGGAAGAAGUUCAGACCACGUCUACUGGUGAAAAACUGAUCUGAAAAGGGCAUGAGGUCAGGUCUCAGGGAGAAACUAAUGGUAGAGGUCUGUCAGACGAGAUAGUUGAGUGGCAUUUAGGCAGUUGAUUUUUUUGUAAAUGACAUAAACUCCACUAGAAUCACUUGGAGAGAACAUUUCACUUGUUUUCUUCGAGAUUUUGAUAUGGAAUAUAAAGACCUUGGGUCAUGUAUAAACGUUACCAAUUUUAAUACAAACCAUAUUACAAUAUCAACUUUAUGCGCAAGUGUAAGGUCUUGAAUGUAAGUUAUACACUGUGAAAGUUAGACUAUAAGCUUCAUGAGGGUAGGGAACUUCUGAUAACCCCUGUAUACAAGAUGUCUAGAAGAAUAUGUGAUAUAGGGUAGGCACUUGAUACACAUGGUUAGUUGACUGAAUCCCAUCCAAUAAGCAAUCUUGCUUAACUGAGAUUUAAAGCAGGGCCAGGAAGAAAUUAACUAACCAAAUAAUAAAACAGGGCCAGAAAGGACCAAACUUUUCAAGUAACCUCAAUGUAUCCCAAAACAAUUCUUUGUAAGAGGAGCGCUUCAAGAAUAUUUGUAAGAGAGGCGUCUGGGUGGCUCAGUCGGUUAGCAUCCAACUCGGUUUUGGCUCAGGUCAUGAUCUCACAGUUUGUGGGUUCGAGUCCCAUGCUGGGCCCUGCACUGACAGUGCAGAGCCUGCUUGGGAUUCUCUCUCUCUGCCCCUCCACCCCCACUCUCCUCUCUCUCAAUAAAUUAAAUAAAUAAAUAGAGUGCAAAAAUAUCCUGAUCUCCCCUGUUGUACCUACUCCCCCAUAAUCCCAUAAUAAAGUUGACAAACCUAUCAGGCAGGAAAAUGUGACCAGUGUUGAAAGACCAAUCAAAAGUGACCUAGAACUGAUAUCAAUGCUAGAUUGAGCGAACAAGGACAUUGUAUAAACGGUUAUAGCUGUAUUCCAUUAUAUCAAAGAGAGGAAUGAUUAACAUGUUAAUAACAACAAUGUCUUGGGUUGAUAAGAUAUGUAAUACAUCUUACUUCAUAUUUUAUAAACCUUCCCAGAAUACUGUUGUUUGUUCACUAUCUUGAUCAGAGAGUGAAGGGCAGUUAGCAGUUUCCCCUAGGCAUUCCUCACAAUACCUCUUUUGCCACUUGGCCAAGAACAUAAGGCCGCCUUUUUUUUUUAAGUUCAGGUUCUCUGAACAGUUUUUCACUUUUUAAUAAAAUCUUUUGUUCUCA